AUGACGACCUACACCCAGUGGAAUCACGAUACUACCGCCGAGGAGGUUAUCCGCGCGCUCGCAGACAAGGUCAAGGGCCGCACCUUUCUCAUCACCGGCACAAGCGCCCGCGGCCUGGGUGCCAACACCGCCACCGCUCUCGCCCGCGCCUCCCCGGCGCACCUCAUCCUCGUCUCGCGCAACAAGUCCAAGGUCGACCCCGUCAUCGACGAGAUCCGAAAGAUCGACUCCAGCGUGAAAGUCACCUUUGUCGCCUGCGACCUGUCCGACCUCGACUCUGUACGCCAUGCCGCAGACGAGAUCAACGGCAACAGCGAGAUCAGCAAGAUCGACGCCGUCAUCAACAACGCGGGCAUCAUGGCCAUCCAGGAGUACACCCUCGACAAGCGGGGCGUCGAGAUGACCCUGUCCGCGUGCCACGUCGGCCACUUCCUCCUCACCAACCUCAUCAUGCCCAAGAUCAAGGCCGCGGGGCCCGGCGCGCGGGUGGUCAACCUCACGAGCCUGGGCCACCAGAUCGGGCCCUUCCGCUUCGGCGACCACAACUUCUCCGGCGGCAAGGCCUACGACCCCUGGUCCGCGUACGGGCAGGCCAAGACGGCCAACGUGCUCUUCACCAAGGGCCUCGCCGGGCGCGGCGUCCUGUCCUACGCCGUCCACCCGGGCUCCAUCUACGAGACGGCGCUGGCGGACCACCUCGAGAUGAAGGCGUUCGACGACAUCGCCGAGGUGGCCAGGGCCAACGGCAACCCCGACUGGUCCAUCCACCCGCCCAAGACGACGAGCCAGGGCGUGAGCACGACACUCGCGGCGGCGUUGCGGCCGGAUAUCGAGGGCGACUCUGGGGCUUACAUGUCUGACUGCCAGCCGGAGGCUACGUUUGAGUGGGCGACCAAGGAGGAAUACGUGGAGAAGCUGUGGACUGUGAGCGAGGAGCUUGUGGGACAGAAGUUUGACCUAUGA